GUGCGCAUCACCAAGAUUCGAGCUGGCCGAAAGACGCCGGGGCUCGCAGCCCAACAUUUGGAAUCCUUCAAACUAGUGCGGGACUUGACUUCGGCGUCUUUGCAGGGUGACAAGGUCGGCUCCUGCGAAGUGACCUUUGAGCCCAAGAAGACGAAGCAGGGAAGCUUCUCCACCAACCCGAAGACUGCUGGUGCCAUUACCUUGACGGUACAGGCGGCCCUCAUGCCACUGGCCUUUGCUGGUGGAACCUCCGAGGUGGAGAUGCGAGGAGGAACUGAUGUUGACUUCUCCCCGCCUUUUGACUUCAUGCAGAGGGCGCUGAUCCCUACCAUUGGUCGUAUGGGAGUUAAAGUCACGGCUGCCUGCCUUCAUCGUGGUUUCUUUCCAACCGGAGGUGGCCUGGUGAACCUAUACGUUGAUGGUUUGGCAGGCUCCCUGAAGCCCAUCGUGAUAGACAAGCGUGGUCAUGUCACGAAGAUUGAGGCCGUCUGCUACGCAACGCCGCCCAGCGGUUGGUUGGACGAGGAGGAUGUGGCCAGGACGGAGGAGGAUUUCGAGCCAUGGCUACUGGAGGAGCUGGCUGACAAAGGUGCUCCCAAGCCCAAGGUGCAGGUGCGCUGCGAGGCCGAGCAGAUGCCGGAGGGCCAGAAGGUGUUCAAGGCAGCCUGUGACAUUCUGGUGGAGAUGUCUGGAGGAGGUGUUUUCCACGCUUCCGGCGGGCCGCUUGAUGGGCCGAAGGGGCGAGGAUCCCUCUACGACGUGUGGGGAGCUGCAGCAGAGAAAGCGUUGGCGCCGCUCAAGGCGCAGCUCAAAACUGGGGCAGCCCUGGAUGAACAUUUGCUG